AUCAGCCAUGAGCAGCAAACCCCAACCCCCUCUGAUGAAGAAGCACAGCCAGACAGAUCUGGUGAGCCGGCUGAAGACCAGGAAGAUAUUGGGCGUCGGAGGAGAGGACGAUGACGGAGAGAUACACAGGUCGAAGAUCAGUCAGAUGCUCGGAAAUCAGAUGAGGUUUGGCGUACGAGAGCCAAUAGGCCUCAGGAUAUGGAUUCUCAUGUCUGCUGUUCUGUUCACAACCAUAGCCUUAAUAGCUCUAGUGUUCCCCAGUCAGCUCUAUGAGUUUGUGUUUGAGCUCAGGACCACCAGGAUCUCCAUCAGACUCUAUGGAGGAGCCCUACUCAGUGUCUCAUUGAUCAUGUGGAAAGGUCUGUACACAGCAGAGAAGGCCAUUAUCCAGUGGACCCUGCUGACGGAGGCCUGCCUCUUGUCUGUCCAGUUCCUGGUGACCAGCAUCACCCUGGUGGAGCUGGGUCUGAUGUCAAACUCUGCCAUCCUCCUCCUCCUCAGUGAAGUCCUCUUCCUCAUCAUCACACUCCUCUACUACUACCACCUGGGUCGCAGGACCAAGAAGACCCAGAACCAUACACAUAGCUCUGAUUAGACCCAGAACCAUACACAUAGUUCUGAUUAGACCCAGAACCAUAGAUACAGCAGCUCUGAUUAGACCCAGAACCAUAGAUCUACUUCUGAUUCGACCCAGAACCAUAGA